AUGAAUGAGCAGUUGCAGCCAUUGGAUGUUGUUGAUGGAGAGCUCCUUGUGCUUGGUGUCCUCCAUGGCCUUGGGGUCCUCUUGCUUGAUGUGGUCCUCCUGUUCAGCCAGCGCUAUCCAGCCCAGGCCCCCUUCUUCAGCUGGCAUUUCCUCACCUGA